AAAAAUUAGGUCGGUUUCUUUCUGCAUCUGAGUUCACCUCCGUCCUCAAUUCCAUACUCUUAGAAUACAGUUCUCCGAUCGGAACUUGAAAUCGUCGGCGACGUAAAGAUAAGCUGAGAUUAUUGGAAGAUUUAAUGGAGGAAUCUGUGAAAAGAAAGGAAAGGUUGAAAGCAAUGCGGUCAGAAGCUGCGUUGGCUGAUGUUGUUCCUAAUGAUUCUGAGACUUCUGGUCACCUCUCUAAUCCAUUGAUUGAAACCUCUUCAGUGCAAGAGGAGUUUCGAGCAACUUCACGGUUUGAUUAUUACACAGACCCUAUGGCAGCCUUUUCUGCUAACAGGAAAAGGGGCAAGGUUGAUGGCCAGGGUAGACAAGAUCAUUUUACACCUCCAGUCCCGGGGCAUUUUGAGGUGAUUCCCUCUCCUGUCUAUCAGAUGCAGAACAACUAUUCACAUGAUCAUAGGAUGUACCAAGCACAAAACCCAUACAGCAGUACAAGUCCUCUACCCAUGCAUCAAGGAACUCCUGAUGCUUGGAAUGGGCCCAGAGCCAAAACCAACUAUUACAACCAUGCUCACGGUGGAAGCACGCAGGGAUAUAUCAGCCCUUCCUCCGUAUAUGAAGGAGCUCCUAGACCUUGGUAUGGAGCGGGAGAUGCAGGAGGCUAUAAUUCUCCGUCCAAUCCACACAGAAAUAGUAAUUCACCUAGCCCCUGCUCUGGACUACUGGCUACACCUGAUUUCAGUCAUGGACAAGGUAGGUCUCGAUUUGGCAACAAUUCAAUCUCUGGUUCAGUUUAUCGGGGCAGUCCUGGUUUUAGUCCAGGAAGAGGCAGGGGCAGUGGCUAUGGCAGUAGCCCUGGUACAGGGAGGGGUGGCAGACAAGGUCCGGGUUCUCAUCACCGUAACUUUGCAUCUGACAGAACUCCAAGGCCAGAGCGUUUUUAUGAUGAAUCCAUGUUGGAAGAUCCUUGGCAACAUUUGAAACCUAUUCCAUGGAAGAAGCAAGAUUCUAAUAUGCCUAACCCAGUCUCUUCAAAUUCCUGGCUUCCAAAAUCUAUUAGCAUGAAAAAGGAGGGAGUCUCAGAGGCAUUCAACAAGUCCAGUUCUGGACCAAGUCUGGCUGAAUAUCUUGCUGCCUCAUUCAAUAAAGCUGUAGAGGAUUCACUGAGCGAAUGAGGAUAAUCAGAAUUCGAUGGAGUACCAUACUCUGCAUUUCUUUGCGAUGGAAGAUCUUGUUGUGGAUGUCUAUACCAAGUGUAAGGUAACAAAAUGCUAGUCCGGAGAAUUUGCCAUCUGGGAACAUGGUCAACUGCAGGUGUGGAUGAGUUGUCAUACUACACCUUCAGAAAUGUAGUUUUUAUAGAAUGUUAUUUACAGCAACAUGUAAUAAUCGUUAAAUGUAAAUCUUCAGGUGGCUCGUGACUGCACAAAUCCAAAACUAUCAAUGUUAUAAUUUCUCAACUUUCUUGCAAUCAGAGAUGAGUUCCUUUCGCUGUCGGCUACUUGUUGCAUUGCUGCAUUGUUCCUACCUAAGAAGAAAAUGCAUGAUUUUUA